UUCCCUCAACACACACGUCAAAUACCGUUCGCUACAAACACUUUUGUUUACAUCAAUUGUCGAAUCCAAUUGGAAGUUUCUUUUUAAAUAUUCGGAAAAUUCCAAACGUAAAUUCUCGAAAUCUUGACACAAUGGACCGUGGCCGACGGCUAUCUUGUGAAAGUUCAAGUGGUCCUAUCGCUCCGAUAAAUUUCGCUACCGAUAAGUUCCCGUUCUGCAUCGUAUGGACUCCGAUUCCGGUGCUGACCUGGUUUUUCCCCUUUAUUGGACACAUGGGUAUCGCUAUGUCCACGGGAGUGAUUCGCGACUUUGCUGGGCCAUAUUUUGUAUCGGAAGACAACAUGGGUUUUGGGCGACCAACACGAUACCUCCAGCUGGAUCCGACGUUCGUCAAUGGAGGCACUGUGGAGUGGGAUGAAUGUGUGUCGAAAGCAUCGGUUGUCUACGGUACGAGAAUGCACAAUCUGUUUUGCGAUAAUUGUCACUCACACGUCGGAAUGGCUCUUUCAUUGAUGAAGUACAAACAGUAUACCAACUGGAAUAUGGUGGUCCUAGCCUUUUGGAUGUUUUUCACCGGAAAACACGUUGGCUUGAUGGGAUUCCUAAAGACUUGGACUCCAUUUGCAGUAGUGCUCAUCACUUGCACACUGGUGGCGAUUUAUUUGAAAUGAAUUUUAAUUAAGUGGCAAAAUUUUCCGGAACGAAACUAUGUAUUAAAUUAAUACCAUGAAUGUACUGUAUUUAUUUUAAAUUUAUGUGAUUAAUCGACAAUUUUAAUAAAUGGUAUCAACAAAUCUA